AUGAAGAUAAGAGUCCUGGUGAUUUGGAUUGAGAGAGUCACUUAUCAGGUCUAUAGAAUUUGCUGUACCGAAAGCUCGGCCUAUAGCCCCAGUCUUCGCGCCUCUUCUAUUGCGACACCCGCCAAAUCAGGGAAAUCCCGAUUAAGAAAUUUCAAGGGCUUUUCGGCCUUCGUCCGCUUCUGCUGUUCAAGCUCAGCCUCCAACUUCUUCCCUCCAUGGCGGGAAUACCGCCUAACUGUCAAGGACGAAGCUGGCCAUGGCAGAUUGAGGACGGCUCCAGAAGUGUAUUCGCCAUCCUGCCAUGACGACCUUCCAGACUCGUCAUUCCGGUUCGCUUCACGCCUCGGAAUGGAACUGUGGUGUUGCUCUUGGUGCCACCAAGCUAUCUCGCUUGCCCCGUUUCUAGUCAAAGACAUUAUCAACAAACCCGAUGAUGCGCCCGCUGGGGUCAAUAGGCUUGAUUCGGGCACGCAGCGGUUUGUCUUUACUCCGAUAUGGUUCGGGAAAGUGACAACAUCGGCAGUUGCAUAUUGUGUCUAUGAAGGCCCCUGGAAUAGAAAAUAUGCCGAGCAUUGGCCGCAUUUUACACCUUUCCAGGAUGACUAUUACGGCAUAAAUGGCAAAGACAUUCCUGUCAAGUAG